AUGCAAUUUCAACUGACCUUUGUUUUACACCUUGGGUUGCUCAGUUUCACAAAAGCCCAAGAUGAAUGCAGCAGGGGUGCCUGUCACCCUACCACUGGCGACCUCCUGGUGGGUCGCAGUGCUCAGCUCACGGCUUCAUCUACCUGUGGGCUGGACAGAGCCCAGAAAUACUGCAUCCUCAGCUACCUUGAGGGGGAACAAAAAUGUUUCAUCUGUGACUCCCGAUUUCCAUAUGACCCGUACACACAAUCCCAGAGCCACACCAUUGAGAACGUCAUUACAAGUUUUGAACCAGACAGAGGGAAGAAAUGGUGGCAAGCUGAAAACGGUCUUGAUCAUGUCAGCAUCAGAUUGGACCUAGAGGCGUUAUUUCAGUUCAGCCACCUUAUUUUGACCUUUAAGACGUUCCGGCCCGCUGCAAUGUUGGUCGAACGCUCCACAGACUAUGGACAUACCUGGAAAGUGCUCAGAUAUUUUGCAAAAGACUGUGCUACUUCCUUUCCCAAUGUCACAUCAGGCCAGGCCCAGGGACUGGGAGACCUUGUCUGUGACUCCAGAUAUUCAGAUAUUGAACCUUCGUCUGGUGGUGAGGUCAUUUUAAAAGUUUUGGAUCCCAGGUUUGAAAUAGAAAACCCUUACAGCCCCUACAUCCAGGACCUUGUGACAUUAACAAACUUGAGGAUCAACUUCACCCAACUCCAUACUCUGGGGGACACCUUGCUUGGAAGGAGGGAAAAUGGUUCCCUGGAUAAAUACUACUACGCUCUGUCUAAGAUGGUGGUUCGGGGCAGCUGUUUUUGUCAUGGCCACGCUAGCGAAUGUGGCCCUGUGCAGCACGUGCGGGGAGACGUUUUCAGCCCUCCGGGAAUGGUUCACGGCCGGUGUGUCUGUCAGCACAAUACAGAUGGCCCGAACUGUGAGAGGUGCAAGAGCUUCUUCCAGGACGUUCCAUGGAGGCCGGCAGCAGGCCUCCAGGACAGCAUGUGCAGAGCUUGUCACUGCAACGGCCACUCGGACCGCUGUCACUUCGACACGACCACGUACCUGGCGAGCGGCGGCCGCAGCGGGGGCGUGUGCGAACACUGCCAGCACCACACGGAGGGGCAGCACUGUGACCGCUGCAGACCCCUCUUCUACAGGGACCCUCUCAAGGCCAUGUCUGAUCCUUACGCGUGUAUCCCUUGUGAAUGUGACCCGGAUGGGACCUUAUCGGGUGGCAUUUGUGUGAGCCACUCUGAUCCUGCUUUGGGGUCUGUGGCCGGCCAGUGCUUGUGCAAGGCGAACGUGCAAGGAGCCAAGUGCGACCAGUGCAAACCCAACCACCACGGACUCAGAGCCGAUGACCCCCUUGGGUGUCAGCCCUGCAACUGUAACCCCCUCGGGAGCCUGCCACUCUCAGCCUGUGACGUGGAGACCGGCCAGUGCUCCUGCCAGCCGUUUGCCACCGGCCCACACUGUGAAGAGUGUUCUGUUGGAUACUGGGGACUGGAAAAUCACCUCCAUGGAUGUUUUCCCUGUGAUUGUGAUAUCGGAGGGGCUUAUUCCAAUGUGUGCUCCCCCAAGGACGGCCAGUGUGAAUGCCGCCCGCACGUCACUGGCCGAAGCUGCACUGACCCAGCCCCCGGCUACUUCUUUGCUCCUUUGAAUUUCUAUCUCUACGAGGCAGAGGAGGCCACCCCUCUCCAAGGACUUGCACCUUUGGGCUCAGUGACUUUUGGCCAGGUGCCUGCUGUUCACGUUGUUUUCCGAGAACCGGUUCCUGGAACCCCUACUGCGUGGACUGGAACUGGGUUUGCCCAGGUUCUUCCUGGGGCUGGCUUGCGAUUUGCUGUCGACCACAUUGCCUUUCCCAUGGACUUCACCAUUGCCAUUCGCUAUGAAACUCAGCCGGCAGCCGACUGGGCUGUCCAGGUCCUGGUUAAGCCCCUUGGAGAGAGCCAGCACUGUGCGCGUGAGACUCCAUGGCCACGACCUCGGUCUUUCCCUUUACCGGCGACUUCCAGACUCGUGCUGCUUCCCACACCCAUCUGUUUAGAACCAGAUGUACAAUAUUCCGUAGAUGUCUAUUUUUCCCAGCCUUCGGAAGGAGGGGCCCACGCUCAUACACACAUCCUGGUUGAUUCACUGAGUCUGAUUCCCCAAAUCGAUUCCCUGGAGAACUUCUGCAGCAAGCAGGAUUCAGAUGAGUAUCAGUUGCACAACUGUGUUGACAUCGCCUUGAAAACAGAACCCCAGGUGCUCCCUGGUGCGUGUGAAAGGCUUAUAGCCAGCAUGGCUGCCAAGUUACACAACGGGGCGAUAGCCUGCAAGUGCCACCCCCAGGGUUCGGUGGGCCCCAGCUGCAGCCGACUUGGGGGCCAGUGCCAGUGUAAGCCCCACGUGGCCGGGCGCUGCUGUGACAGGUGCUUGCCAGGAAGCCAUGGUUUAGGACAUCAUGGCUGUCUCCCAUGUCACUGCCACCCUCAAGGCUCAAAGAGCAGUAUAUGUGACCAAAUAACAGGACAAUGCCCCUGCCAGGGGGAGGUGGCUGGCCUCCAUUGUGAUCGGUGCCUGGCAGGCUACUUCGGAUUUCCCAGCUGCCGCCCUUGCCUUUGUAAUGGUUUUGCUGAACUUUGUGAUCCAGAGACGGGGUCAUGCUUCAACUGCGGGGGUUUUACAACUGGAAGAAACUGUGAAAGGUGCAUCGAUGGUUACUAUGGGGAUCCUCCUUCAGGACAGCCCUGCCGUCCUUGUCCAUGUCCAGAUGUUCCUUCGAGUAAUCAGUAUUUUGCCCAUUCCUGUUAUCAGGACCCUUGGAGCACAGAUGUGAUCUGCAAUUGUCUUCAAGGUUAUGCAGGAAAGCAGUGUGCAGAAUGCUCUGCGGGUUUCUAUGGAAACCCCAGAAUUCCAGGAGCACCUUGCCACCCAUGUGCCUGCAAUAACAACAUCGACGUGACUGAUCCAGAGUCCUGCAGCCGGGUAACAGGGGAGUGCCUUAGGUGUCUGCACAACACUCAGGGACCCAACUGCCAGUUCUGCAAACCAGGUCACUUUGGAUCGGCUGUCAAUCAGACCUGCAGAAGAUGUUCCUGUCCCUUCCAGCAUAACUCCUGCUGGUGUCCCCCUGGUCAGGGAGCUUGCCUCAGUAACCCUGACACCCGCACAUGCCCUUGUUUACCCAACGUCAUGGGCCAGGUCUGUGACCGUUGUGCUGACAGAUACUGGAAUCUGGUCCCUGGCAGAGGAUGUCAGCCAUGCGACUGUGACCCCUGGACCUCCCACGGUGACCACUGUGACCAGCUUACAGGCCAGUGUCCGUGUAAAGUAGGCUAUGAUGGGAAACACUGCAGUGAGUGCAAGGAAAAUUCUUAGGGUGGUCCGCUGGGGUGAUGCCUUCCAUGUGACUGCAACACAGAAGGUACCCAGAAGCCCGUCUGUGACCAGAAUACAGGCAUGUGCCGCUGUCGGGAGGGUGUGAGCGGCCCUCGCUGUGAUCGCUGUGCCCGGGGUCACGGCCAGGAGUUCCCUGCUUGUCUUCGGUGUCACCGGUGCUUUGAUCAGUGGGACCACACUACUUCUUCCCUCUCCAAAGCAGUGCAAGGGUUAAUGGGGCUGGCUGCUAACAUGGAAGAUAAAAGAGAGACCCUGCUUGUCUGUGAGGCUGACUUCAAAGGCCUCAGAGAGAAUAUGUCUGAAAUAGAAAGGAUUUUAAAACAUCCUGUUUUCUCAUCCGGGGAAUUCUUAAAAGUCAAGGAUUAUCAUGACUCUGUUCGGGAACAAGUCAUGCAGCUAAGUAUGCAACUGAAAGCAGUGCAUGAGUUUCAAGAUUUGAAAGAAACAAUGGUGAGAAUGAAGAACGAAGCUGACCUCUUACUGGAAGAUCUUCGGAAAGAAAUUGAUUUGCGCUCCAGUGCCCGUAAUGCAAACAUCAUGGAUUCCUCAGAGACUAUCAAGAAGCAUUAUCAGAGGUCAUCAUCUGUUGAAAAGAAAAUUAAUGAGACCACUUCUAUCAUAAAAAACUCAGAAAAAACCAGGAAUGACGUACUUCGCAUCUUUGAUAUGCUAAGCUCAAAAGAAAACUUGUCAUUGGAAAAAUUAAAACAGAUUAGAAUACCAGAUAUCCAAAUACUGAUUGAAAAGGUGUGUGGAGAACCAGGGGACAUGUCAUGUGUGCUCCCGCCCUGUGGUGACCCCACCUGCCGCGGCUCCCGGACCGUCUCCAGCAGUGCCCUCCAACAAGCUCAGGAAGCAGAGUCCGUGAUUCAGACUUUGAGCGACCAAGUUCAAGGUUGGAAGAACCAGCUCAAAAAUGUAAGUAAACUGACAGAAGUCUCCAAAAACAAUGCCUUACAGCUGAGUGAGAAACUGAGGAAUAUGAAAAACCAAAGUGAAUCUGAACAAGAAAAAAUGAGUCUUUUAAUAAAAAAACUGAAAAAAUUUUUAUCAGAGGAAAACGUGCCUCCCAAGGACAUAGAGAAGGUUGCAAAUCGUGUGCUUGAUAUCCACCUACCAAUACCAUCACAAAAUCUAACCCAUGAACUUGACAAGAUACGGAAACUGACGCAGCUCUGUGAGGACUAUGGAGCAGAUGAGGGCAGGCUAAAUAAAGCAGCAGAGGAAGCCCAAAAGGUUUUGGAGAAAGCAAAAAAAGCUGAAAAAGCAGCAAAUGUUCUAUUAAAUCUUGACAAGACGCUGAAUAGAUUGCAGCAAGUUCAAAUCACCCAAGGACGCGUAAAUUCUACCAUCACACAGCUGACUGCGGAGAUAACAAAAAUUACAAAGAACGCACUGCAGGCUGGAAAGGAAGCCAAGGACACGGAGAGCAAGCUGGACUUAGCAAAGCAACAGUGGGCGCUGGCAGGUGGACUCUCCCGGCUGCAGACCACGUUGCAAAGGAACAGGGAGCAAGCCUCCCGCGUGCAAGCUCAGGCCACAUCGGCCCGACGCCAAGCUGGGGGCCUCGAACAGGAGUUUGCAGAGCUAACCAACCGAUAUGCUGUUCUUCAACAUAAGACAAGUGCUAUCGGACUAACACAGGUAACGUUAGAUAAAGUGGAGCAGCUCAAGGAGGCAGUGGGAAAACUGGCGGUAGAUACAGAAGACAAGAUAAGAAGAAUAGCAGAUUUAGAAAAGAGAAUCCAAGAUUUGAAUCUGAGUAGACAAGAAAAAGCUGACCACCUGAAAGAGUUGGAAGAUCAAGUUGUUGCCAUUAAAAAUGAGAUUGUUGAACAAGAAAAUAAAUAUGCUACUUGCUAUAGUUAGAGAGGAAGUGCAUAGUCACCUGUGCCUUCUUUUCUGGCUCUGACAAGUAAACCGGAGGAGCUGUGCUGAA